AUGGGUUCUACAAGCGAAAGGGCCGAGUACGAUGCUCUCAUCAUAGGUGCUGGGUUUGGUGGUUAUUCCAUGCUUCCAAGAUUGGGACUUCGGGUGAAGCUGUACGAAAGAGGGUCAGGACCGGGAGGAGUCUGGUUUUGGAAUCAAUAUCCUGGAGCUCGCGUGGACAGUGAUUUGCCAGUCUAUCAGCUGUUCGACAGAGAGUUAUGGGAAGAUUUCACAUUUUCCGAGCGCUUUCCUGGGUGGCGAGAGCUACAGAGCUAUUUCGCCCACGUUGAAAAGAAAUUGGAUCUUCGAAAAGACAUCGAAUACUGUAAAAACGUUGAAUCUGCUGAUUGGGACUCCACGCGCUGUCGGUGGCUGAUAACCUGCUCCGAUGGAACUGAGGCCGAGUGCAAAUGGAUGUAUCUGUCUGUGGGGUCUUCCUCCAAAACGUACGUUCCCAACAUUAAAGGUUCUUCCGAUUUUCGAGGCGAGUUGUAUCACACAGCACACUGGCCAUAUUACGGAGCUAGCCUCAAGAAUAAACGUAUUGCAGUCAUAGGCACAGGCGCAAGUGGAAUCCAGGUGAUUCAGGAAUCUGGAAAACAGAGCAAGCACCUCACGGUAUACCAGCGAACGCCAAACCUUUGUCUUCCAAUGGUCCAGCGAAAAUUAGACCCCGUUGAAGAACAGAAAAAGAAGGACGCGGGAAUUUACGCUGAGGCUUUCAAGAAAUGUGAAAGGACACCAGGUGGAAUCCUAUAUGAAAGCAUAGAUAAAAACACGUUUGAUGAUACGCCUGAAGAGAGAGAAAAGUUCUACCAAAGUCUUCUCAAAGACGGCGGCCUUCAGUUCUGGGUUGCUGGGUAUAAAGACGUGAUGACAGACCAGAAAGCAAACGAUGCGGCGUACGACUUCUGGCGCCGGAUGGUCCUCAAGCGAAUCAAUAAUCCAGCAAAAGGAGAACUACUGGCCCCGGAAGUUCCCCCGCAUCCAUAUGGUGCAAAGCGGCCCUCGCUGGAGCAGAACUACUUUGAAGUGAUGAAUCAAGACAAUGUCGACAUUGUCGAUGUCAACCGCUUUCCUAUCGAAGAGAUUAAUGCUACAGGUGUGAAGACCGCUGCUGGCCAAGUCGAGGUCGAUAUGAUCAUAUUUGCCACCGGUUUUGAUGGGCUGACCGGUGGUCUCACGGAUAUCCAAAUCCGCGGCACGGAUGGGAGGACUCUCAUGCAGCAUUGGGCAGAAGGCGUAAAGACAUCGAUUGGCAUCGCGGUGCCGAAGUUCCCCAACAUGUUCUACUUGUUCGGGCCACAAGCUCCGUCGACCUUUUCGAGCGGGCCAUCGUGUAUACAAUCCCAAGCCCGGUGGUUAGCGAGGGUGGUCGAGAAGCUUGAGAAUGACAAGAUUGAAAGCUUCGAGGGGACAGAAGCGUCUGCGGAUGAGUGGCUUAAGAUGGUUGGCGAGAAAUGGGAUGCCACACUCAUUUCAAAGGGGAAGAUAAGUCUACCUGUCCUUCUCCUGUGGUCUAAAUACUCACUACUUGCACAGCUGGUGGUCGGGUGCGAAUAUUCCAGGAAAGAAAGUUCAACCCCUGAGUUGGGUAGGAGGACUGCCCACCUAUAUGCAAAUGCUUGA